AUGAUACCAUUUAAGAUUCUGGUAUGGAAUUGUAGGGGACUUAAUAACAGUGAAACUCAAGAUGCCCUUGUCAGUCUUGUACGUCAGCGAAAUCCGAGUAUUAUUUUCCUCUCAGAAACCCUAGCUUCACCAGAUUUGUUGUCUGAUGUCAGGAGGAAUUUGGGUUUCGAUGGCGUCAUCUGCUCUCCAUGUAGCGACGAGUGUCGUGGUCUUGGCUUGUUCUGGCACAAUGAAAUCCCAGUACGUCUCCGAAACUACUCUACCAAUCAUAUUGACGUCAAGGUUGGGGCUAUUGGAUCAGCAAGGGUCUUCCGAUUCACAGGAAUUUGCGGGGUAGCUACUAUGGCAGAUCGUAUUAUCACAUGGAAUCUACUGCGAACCCUAGCGGCUCAGCUUAAUAUGCCAUGGAUUGUGGUUGGAGACUUUAACGAAAUCUUGUGUCUGGAAGAUAAAUCCGGUGGUCCCCCUUGCAAUAUAGCCCAAAUGAAUCGGUUUAGACAAGCCUUGGUGGAUUGUGAUUUGAUGGACAUGGGGUUUGUUGGCUCCCGCUACACUUGGGCUAACCGAUUCACGAAAGAGAGACCUGAUAGGGCAUGCCAGAAUGUGCAUUGGAGGAACCUUUACCCGUUUUCUCGAGUUCUGACAUUACCCUUGAGUCGAUCUGAACACUGCCCUCUGCUGAUUGAGGUGAUCCCAAAACUACCACCCUCUUCUCGAACACCAAAGGCCUUUCGAUUUGAGGAAAUGUGGCUGCAGCAUGAUGAUCUUCCAAACGUCAUUAACCAAGGUUGGAUGACUCCAGCAACAGAGACAGUUGACCUCGCUGCUUUAGAGACCAUCCUUGACUCCAUGCAGGCCAAAGUUACUGAGGAAAUGAAUCGAGAUCUUUUGGCUCCUUAUACUGAUGGUGAGAUCAAGACAGCCUUGUUCCAAAUGCAUCCGUCUAAAUCCCCUGGACAGGAUGUUAGGGAUAUUCUAUGCACUGGGAGGAUUCCACAAGAAUCCAAUUUCACAUAUUUGACUCUCAUUCCAAAAAUCAAAGAACCACAACUACCCUCUGAUUUAAGGCCCAUUGCUUUAUGCAAUGUCGUCUACAAGAUUGCUUCCAAGGUUCUAGCAAACCGAUUGAAGAUGAUUCUCCCCCAAAUUGUAUCUCCUUUACAGAGUGCCUUUGUUCCCGGGAGGCUCAUCUCGGACAACACCUUAGUGGCUACAGAGUUGGACAUCUCCAAAGCUUAUGAUAGAUUAGAGUGGCAAUAUGUGGAAGCGGUUUUACUGAAACUUGGUUUCUGUCGUGAUUGGGUGAGUGUGGUUCUCGCCACUAUUAAAUCUGUUAGCUACUCUGUCCUUGUGAAUGGUAAUCCGACAGGGUUCAUCUUGCCAACUCGAGGUAUUCGACAAGGUGAUCCACUAUCACCGUACCUCUUUAUUCUGUGUGCUGAAGGACUAUCAUCACUUAUCUCUUCCUGCGUGCAGAAUGGUUCUAUUAAAGGUUUGUUAAUGUCGCCGACUGCUCCGGUUAUUCACCACCUGCUAUUUGCUGAUGAUAGUUUCUUGUUUGGAGAGGCUACGGUUCAUGAGUGUCAAGCCUUCAAGAACCUGCUUUCUAUUUAUGCUAGGGCUUUAGGGCAGAUGAUCAAUUUGCAAAAAUCCAGCGUGGUUUUUAGUGGUAAUGUUAGCCAACAGGUUCGAAAUCAUCUUUCCUCCAUUCUCGGUGUGAAGUGUGUUAAGGAACAUGGUCUUUAUCUGGGACUACCUAUUCAUGUAGGUCAUAAUAAGAAUGCUAUAUUUUCUUAUUUGAAAGAGAGGCUUUCCAAGAAAUUGAUCAGCUGGCGCUCAAAGAUUCUUAGUGCAGGUGGCAAGGAGUUACUAAUCAAAGUAGUAGCUCAAACCUCACCUAACUAUGUCAUGAACUGUUACUUAUUACCCAAGUCUCUUUGUGAUGAUCUUCAACAGCUUUGUUCCCAAUUCUUUUGGGGAAGUAUAGAUGAGAAGAGAAAGAUUCAUUGGCAAUCUUGGGACUGCAUGUGUAUUCCUAAGGAGGCUGGUGGAUUGGGGUUCAAACAUCUCCAUGCUCAUAAUUUAGCCAUGUUAGCUAAGCAAGGUUGGCGGCUUCUUUCCAACCCAGACUCUCUUGUUGCUAGAGUGUUCAAGGCUAUUUUUCAUCCAUGGGGGUCGUUUCUUACUAUCGACAUGGGGGACAGGCCUUCCUAUUCUUGGAGGAAUAUUAUGGAAGCCAGACUUGUGUUACAUGCAGGUCUGUUUUGGCGAAUUGGUGAUGGCACCUCGGUGAAGAUGUGGGAGGAUGAUUGGAUACCGAAUGUCCCUGCUCAUUCUCUUGAGAAACCGCCUGAUACAAUUUUUGAUAUGGUCUCUAAUUUGAUCAAUGCUCCAGAAUGUGCUUGGGACAUCCCUGCAGUUCAUGCUUGUUUUCCUCCUGAUGUAGCUUCUCACAUGUUAUCUAUUCCAUUAAGUACAAGAGUGGGAGUUGACAAGGCUGCUUGGAAAUUGGAGAAAUGGGGUUCUUUUUCAGUCAAAUCAGCCUAUACUAUUGCUCGAGAUUUUUCUAUUGGCAAUGUAUUUGCUUCAGCGUCUAUGGGUGAUCCUUAUGCACCUCUGUGGAAAGCCUUGUGGAAAGCAAAUGUCCCCAAUAAAGUGGCCAUUUUUGGUUGGAGAGCUGCUCAUUAA